AUGCUAGUAGUUAAGGUUGAUGAUUGGUGGCUAGAGACUCGUCAGAGGUUGGAGAUUGUAGGUGAGGAGAUCCUUUGGGUUGUGUUCCGUAGGGAGUUCUUGAGGAAGUACUUUUUGGAGGAUGUCCGUGGCAAGAAGGAAAUUGAAUUCCUUGAGUUGAGGCAAGGGAAUAAGUCGGUUGUUGAGUAUGUGGCUAUGUUUGGAGAGUUAGCUAAGUUUUACCAACAUUAUGAUGGACCAGAUGUUGUCGGAUUUAUGAAGAGUCAACAAGGCCGUGGCAAGCCUUAUGAUGCUCCAGUUGGCAAGGGGAAGCAGAAAGCUUAUGAGGGCAAGACGACUAAUGGGGGAGAUGCACCCGCUAGUAUUGUGUGCUUCAAGUGUGGCAAAGUUGGUCAUAAGAGAACUUUGUGUACUGUUGAUGUCAUAAGGUGUUACAGUUGUGGUGAGAUUGGACAUACGGCACCUGCUUGCAAGUAUAAGCAGAUGGUUUGUUUCAACUAUGGUGAAGAAGGACACAUUGGAAGCAAGUGUCAGAAGCCCAAGAGGGAGCAAGCUAGUGGAAAGGUGUUCUCCUUGUCGGGAACUCAGACCACUAGUGAGGAUGCACUCAUCAGAGGUCUUGUGUUGUCUGCUAUGAUCGGAGAGAUGGUUGUCGAUACUCUGGCUAAGGGGUCGGUAACUACUUCUCUUGUGUGUUUAAAGUGUCUUGUGUCGAUUUUCGACAGAGACUUUGUUGUUGAUUUUUCUGUGAGGUUUUCUACUCCUGAAGAGGAAGGUGUUGAGUUGUUGUCGGCUAGACAGUUAUGCAUGUUAAUGAAGGAAGAAGUUCAAGUGUUUGCUUUGGUUGCAUCGAUGUCUGUUGAGAAUCAAGCUAUAAUAGAUGAGUUGAAGGUGGGUAGAAUUGGGGUUUUACAAGUGAAGUAUUGUUGUAUAAUGAUACAACGUAGAGAAGUGAUAGCGAAGAGAUGCAUUACCGUGAUUGGUGAUGAUUUUGUUGUUGUCGUUGAAUUUCGACAUUUAAUUGAUGAUGUUUGA